UAGUUCGUUAUAAAUAUAAAAUAGGAUUAAAACAUGUUAUAAGCGAUUUUUUUUAAGCAAAUACCAAAAUCAAUGGUGUGUUUUUUAAUAAAGCACUGGCAAGAAAGGUGUUUCUCUUUGUGUUAAACGUUACAUUGGCAAUACUGUGAUCCCCUUGUACGGCGGUAAAUUUGAACAUCCGAUCCGACUUAAACUACUGCGAUAUAAUUAUUUGAGAUUCGCUAGAAAAUAAAAAGAACGAAAAAUAUAAAAGAAACAACAUUUUUCAAGUAUCUUAUAAAAUAAUCGUUCAAAUACAUUAUUUUAGCUAAAGCCAUGUAACAAGACUCAUCUAAGCGAAGAAAUCAAUAACUUAGACAUGUAACCCGCCUAUUUUAAGGCGUCAAAGCAUCCCAAUGGAUAAUAUCCCAGUCUGCGACUUUUCCGCAUACACAUCAGACGGAAAUUUAGGUCAAGGACUGGAAAAGUCGUCCCAACUUAAAUAAAAGAUUAGUUUUCACCACCAGUUGUGAAAAUGUCGUUAAAGGCAUAUGAAGAUGCUUGUAUUCGGGCAGAACUGUUUGGACAGCCCAAACCUGACAAAGACGAGUUUUUAGAAAAACAUAAACACUUGGACAUAGUGGAAUUUGAAGAAGUGGAUAUCAAGACCACCAUCAGUGAGAAUACGGCUAUGCUAAAUGAAAAUAUCCAGCAAACUGGAGGUGGUCUCAACGAGUUAAAUUCUAUUUUAAAUUCUACGCAAACGAAAAUUAAUCGACUGAAGGGCGUCUGCGGUAGCUUAACAAACUUCUUUCGCGUUAAACUAUCAGCGAAAGACAACUUAUCUUACUCCAGCGAACAGAGUUACAUCGGCCAAACAAACUACGACAAAGAUUCUGUCCCAGCUAGGACUGAGCUUGGCUCUAUAAACCAAGACCUUGGUCCCGGUGACAACGAGAUGACGCCGCGCGCGGGAAAAUCUCAAGAUGGCGGCAAUUUAAACAAUGCUUUAGACGAUUUGAAAACAAUGCAGAAAAACGACUCUACUGCCGCGGCUUUUAAGGAAGCGGGUGAGAAAAUGUCGUCACAAACUAACAAACUUGAGAAUUUACUUGAAAAAGCUGAAAGAGCACAGAGCUCUUUGUCUCAUCAAAAUAAGCAAAUAAGGUCGUUUAUACGAUAGUGUGCCGCGAAAAAAUGUAUAAUUAUCUUAUUAGUAGUCACGUAAUUUUGGCUGCUAUGAAAAUAUAUAUAAAAAUGCUUCAGUGUCCCUUGUGCUUUUGACAAUAACACCUUUAAUAUAUAUGAAGUUAGUUUUCAGAUAUUAUGUUUUGGUAAAGUAUUACAAUUAAGUGACUAUAUAAGGUACCUAUCUAAAAACUUAUAUAAAUAAAUAAAAAAUGUUUUGAAUAUUCGAAAUCCAAUUUUUUAUACUUUUGCCUCUUGUUAAAUGCUUUUUAAUAUAUUGGAUGUUGUUAACGCGUCGAUGUAAGCAACAAGAUGUAAAAUAAAUUUAGAGAUUUGGUAGAUUAUUUUAUACUUGUCCUAAAUUUUACUUUUGUGACGUAACUCAGCAAAUCGGAAAUUAAUGGUCCAUUUGGUUUGGCUACCUACCUUUUGAACACCACGCACACGCCAACGGUUUUAUUUUCUCAACAUAGUAAUAUCGGGUAUAUAAUUAUAUAUGUCAAAGAGCAUAUAAUCACAACGUUCUAAUAUAUGUAUUGUACUAAAAUAUUUGGAAUAAGAUUCUUAAGAGCGUUAGUGCACUCUCGCUCACAGACCUCAUAUAGUUUCUUAUUCCCUUAUAGAAAGGAACUUUUACAUAGGUGGAAGGAUAUGUAUACGCUACCUCCCCCUGUAUUGCAUGUCUUGAAGUAAGUAGGCGUAGUUACAAUUCCCUGUUAAAUUUGAGAGCUUUGUAUUAAAAAAAUGCAAAUGUACAAAUGCCCUAAUCAUGUUAGACUUUGUUUUACGGCGUGUAGGGGCUAUGGUGAAGGGCCUCUUCAGUCGAGAGUCCCUACGAUGAAGAUACCACCUGGAAGAUUUAUAGAAGGUAAAGAUAUGGAAAUUGUAUCCCUAUGAUGAACUUGCGGUGGGCCCAGAAUUGACGAAUGUGCCGAGAAUACCCCGCACCGCGCCUUUUACGAAUCACUCGCACUGCACGCGUGCUAUCCAUGCUGUAUCCAUGUGUUAUCCACGAUAACGCGUAGAUUUGUCAAAUCUAACGAGUCAAGGCACGCGACUUCGUGAAUGACACGAUCUAUAUUACAAUGGGGUUGGCAACUGUCGAAGGUUUAAAUGGCCCCAGCAUAGGUUUUAUCUGUCUCUACUUUUGUUCUAUGACAUUUCGCUUAAAGGGCUACCCGAUCCAGGCCAUACAAUAAUAAUAAUAAAAAAAAAAAAACAAAAAGUGCGGGAGUCGGACUCGCCCACCGAGGGCUCCGUACAAAUUUAACUUUUUUUACAUAUUUAUACUUUUCAGAUUUUUCCCGGUACUAGUAGUAUAAGACGAUAUUACUUCCUAAAUUUCAUAGUUGUAGUUCAACGGAAAGUACCCUAUAAUUUUAAUUGGUUCUUUUGAGAGUGUGGAAAUAAACGUUUAUUGCUGCAUUAACGGCCGUAUCUUUUUUUUCGUUAACUUAGAAGUUUAAUUUUUUAACAGCUUCAAGGGACUGUAGAUCUGAGUAUAUUAAUUUCAACUUGAUUCCUCCACGCGUUUCUAAGAUAAAGGGCCUUGACAGACAGGCGGACGGAUAGGUCGGGUCGGAUAGACAGAUGGAAAACAAAAUGAUCCUAUACGGUGUUCCGUUUUUUCCUUUUGAAGUACGGAACCCUAGAAACAAGGCUUUGACACUAUUCGUAGGUAUGACAGGUAAAACGUAUGCUGGCGCCAUCUGUAAAAUACUUGGACUGGCCAACCCAAUAAUAUUUUUCCGUUUCACCAGAUAUCGUUUCAUCAGAUACAUUUCAAAUAUUUUUUUUGUUGUGCAAUUUUUGGAAAAAAAGGAAACCCAUAUAAAUCUAGUUUUUCAUUGUGUCAUAAGUUCAUAACAUACUAAAGAAUCAUGGAGAAUGGAAAAUAUUUUAUUUUCAAUAAUGUUAAUAUCUAGAGAGGAAAAUGAGGACUACGUUUGUAUGAAAAGGCAAAUUUGCACGGGUCCUCCACUUUCGUCCUAAUUAUAGGGGUAAUUAUUUUUGGAUCAUAGGGAUAAUUGAAAGAUUGGCAUUGAGAUAGAAUAAGGAGUGCCAAGUUGAAGAUAGGUGUGAAUACACGUCUUGACAAUAUUACAAUUAAUUAACAUGUAUAUAAAAAAUUAUACCUACUAAUUAAUCUAUACAAUCUUAAAUAUUCUAGAAUCUUGUUACUCUUGUAUCUGCUUGUCCAUUGCUAAACUACGCUUUUCUUCCAUGUUAUUGAAUCCUUUACAACUAGAGUCAGAUCAAGAUAAGUUUGUAAGCCAAACCUGUGUAAGUGUUAAGUAAACGUCAUAAUUUCAUAGAAGUUUGACGUUUAAAAUAACACUUGCACUGUCUGGUCUAUUAAAAUCGCUGCCGAAUUAUCUUGGUCGGGCUCUAAGUAUUUUAUUUACCUAUUUAAGCGUGAAAAUGACAAUCUUAAUCAAAACUUGCA